AAUUUUUUCCUCUUUUCUCUGUCACACCACCGACUUGAAUCAUCCCAUCUGCUUUUCCUUAUUUGACCUGUGAAAUAAUUUAUGAUCAUGGAUUCAUCCACGAUUCUUCUAGGAUUUUAUAUAAUAAGAUCUGAUUUCUUGAGAUAAAGUUUUCAACUUUGAAAUCGAUUUCUGUAAAACCCUGAAAGAGAUAUGUACAGCAAUUUCAAAGAACAAGCGAUCGAGUACGUGAAGCAAGCUGUUCAAGAGGACAAUGUUGGCAACUACAAUAAAGCUUUCCCUUUAUACAUGAACGCCCUUGAAUACUUUAAGACCCAUCUCAAGUAUGAGAAGAACCCUAAGAUCCGAGAAGCUAUCACCCAUAAAUUCAACGAGUAUCUCCGCCGUGCGGAGGAGCUUCGUGCCGUUUUGGACGAAGGUGGGUCGGGUCCAGGAUCCAACGGUGGUGGUGAUGCUGCUGCAGCUGUGGCCGCGAAGCCGAAAAAAGACGGAGGAGAUGGAGAUGGAGACGACCCGGAGCAAUCAAAGCUUCGAGCUGGGUUAAACUCUGCUAUUGUUAGGGAAAAGCCUAAUGUCAAGUGGACAGAUGUUGCUGGGCUUGAGAGUGCUAAACAAGCGUUGCAGGAAGCUGUGAUUUUGCCUGUCAAGUUCCCACAGUUCUUCACUGGCAAGAGGCAGCCAUGGCGAGCUUUUCUUCUCUAUGGGCCUCCUGGAACGGGUAAAUCCUACUUGGCCAAGGCUGUUGCUACUGAAGCUGACUCUACGUUUUUCAGUGUGUCUUCAUCGGACUUGGUCUCGAAGUGGAUGGGUGAAAGUGAAAAGCUAGUAUCCAACCUUUUUGAGAUGGCCCGUGAGAGUGCUCCGUCGAUCAUUUUUGUUGAUGAGAUAGAUUCUUUGUGUGGUCAACGUGGGGAAGGCGAUGAAAGUGAAGCUUCAAGACGUAUCAAAACAGAGCUUCUUGUGCAGAUGCAGGGUGUCGGACACAAUGAUGAGAAAGUCCUUGUGCUAGCAGCAACAAAUACACCGUAUGCUCUCGAUCAGGCUAUUAGGCGACGUUUUGAUAAACGUAUCUAUAUCCCUCUACCCGAUGUGAAGGCUCGUCAGCACAUGUUCAAAGUGCAUUUGGGAGAUACUCCUCAUAAUUUGAAAGAAGCUGAUUUUGAAUAUUUAGCUCGCAGGACAGAAGGAUUUUCUGGUUCAGAUGUGGCUGUUUGUGUCAAGGAUGUUCUGUUUGAACCAGUUCGAAAAACCCAAGACGCCAUGUUCUUUUUCAAGGCUACUGAUCGUACGUGGAGGCCAUGCGGGCCUAAACAACCUGGUGCCAUUCAGACUACAAUGCAGGAUUUAGCAGCAAAAGGGCUUGCUGAAAAGAUUAUUCCACCGCUUAUCGCGAGAACGGAUUUUGAUAAGGUACUAGCAAGACAGCGACCGACGGUGAGCAAGUCUGACCUUGAGGUCCAUGAGAAUUUCACAAAAGAGUUUGGAGAGGAAGGUUGGCAUUGAUCAAAUUGCUUGGCAUUAUUAGUUGCAGGGAAGAUCUCGAGUUCCCGGUUAUGUAUUUAUGCACUAGGAGGGGAACAUUUCUUUUGAUGCACAUCAUUGAAUUUUAGUUUUCUAAUUGUGUAAAUUAUUUCUGACAUGAUUGUUUCCUGAUGCCAAAGUCAGGAAACAAUCAUCAAUACAUCAUUGCGUAUAUGCAUAAUUUUUUGCCUCUAA